CAGCUGUGCACCCUCGGUCCAGCUGUGCGCGCACGUCGGGAGUCCCAGCCAUGUCCGCCGAGAGAGAGGUGGCCGAGGCGGCCGCCGUGGUGGCGGCGGCCGAGGCAGGGGCCGGGGAAGACGCCACUUCUCAGCCCCCGAAAGCCGAGGCGGCGAGCGACCCCCAGCCGCCCGUGGCCUCCGAAGGGGCGGCUGCAGCCCCGCCGCCGCCGCUGCGCUGCCUGGUGCUCACGGGCUUCGGCGGCUACGACAAGGUGAAGCUGCAGAGCCGGCCGGCCGCGCCUCCGGCCCCCGGGCCCGGGCAGCUGACGCUGCGCGUCCGGGCCUGCGGGCUCAACUUCGCCGACCUCAUGGCUCGGCAGGGGCUGUACGACCGGCUGCCGCCGCCGCCCCUCACCCCCGGCAUGGAGGGCGCGGGCGAGGUGAUCGCGGUGGGCGAGGGAGUCACCGACCGCAAGACAGGGGACCGCGUGAUGGUGCUGAACCGGUCGGGGAUGUGGCAAGAGGAGGUGACAGUGCCCUCUGCCCAGACCUUCCUGAUGCCCGAGGCCAUGACCUUCGAGGAAGCUGCUGCUCUGUUGGUCAAUUACAUCACGGCCUACAUGGUCCUCUUCGACUUUGGCAACCUGCGGCCUGGCCACAGCGUCUUGGUACACAUGGCAGCAGGGGGCGUGGGCAUGGCGGCCGUGCAGCUGUGUCGCACAGUGGAGAACGUGACGGUGUUCGGGACAGCCUCGGCCAGCAAGCACAAGGCACUGCAGGAGAAUGGAGUCACACAUGCCAUCGACUACCACACGGCCGACUACGUGGAUGAGAUCAAGAAGAUCUCCCCCCGAGGAGUGGACAUCGUCAUGGACCCUCUGGGUGGGUCAGAUACUGCCAAGGGCUACAGCCUCCUCAAGCCCAUGGGUAAAGUCAUCACCUACGGAAUGGCCAACCUGCUGACAGGCCCCAAGCGGAACCUGAUGGCGCUGGCCCGUACAUGGUGGAACCAGUUCAGCGUGACAGCCUUGCAGCUGCUGCAGGCCAACCGGGCUGUGUGCGGCUUCCACCUGGGCUACCUGGAGGGGGAGGUGGAGCUGGUCAGUGGCGUGGUGUCCCGCCUGCUGGCUCUCUACAACCAGGGCCGCAUCAAACCCCACAUCGACUCCGUCUGGCCCUUCGAGAAGGUGGCUGAUGCCAUGAAGCAGAUGCAGGAGAAGAAAAACGUGGGCAAGGUCCUGCUGGUGCCUGGGCCGGAGAAGGCGAACUAGGGCGAGGGGCCGCGGGACGUUGAGACCAGGAAAGGAGCGUCCAUGAGCCCCACUCCCUGACCACCUGACUGUCACGUGCCAUUGUCCGUCAUCGUGCUCUGCCCCCUCCUCCAAGGUCUCAGUGGCGACCCCCCCCCCCUGCCCUGUUCUUUUCUCUAUGGUCAGGGCUGCCCCCCCCUUCCUGCCCUCGGAAGAGGUUGGGAAGUGACCACUUGGAUGUCAGGGCCCUGCCGGGGGACAGGGAGGGUCAGAGGGAGGCCGGCUGCUUCCUGCCCCUGCCCCUGCCCCCCCCCCACUGGGUCUGUUGUGCUGCUUUUGUGCCAAGGUUAGCCAAGCCCUCCCCGUCCCGCUCUGUGUGCUUCCUGUCUCAUCUUCCCGCCUGCCCCUGCCCCACCGCCUCCCCAAAGAAUUGAAACGUCAGCUCAGGAUACGGGGCCAAUCUGUGUAAGUCCGGCUCGUCCCUGUCUCUCCCUGGUGUCCCUGCGGCCAGGGCCAACCAGCGCCAGCCCUGGGCUUGAUCGGUCCCCAGCCCUGUCUUCUGUCUCCAGCUUCGUAAGCACAAGGGGCCUAUUCCACCCGCAGGUUUCCUGUCACUCUUAACGAAGGCUGCCUCCUAGCGCUCCGGCAGGAAUGAGACGCGCGCCCCUAGGUCAUGGCUCUGCCGGGAUGCUGGGCACCCCCCGCCUUUCCCGGAGGCCUCUGCGUUUGCUCUCAGUGCCUUAGCCACAGAAAACCUGUGCGUUGGUGUGGGGGCGGGGAAGGGCCCUGUCUCUGGCCUCCCCCUUCACCCCUGUACUCCCCAGUGCCUCGUUCUGGUGGAGCUGGGGUUUUAUGCCUCCCCAGUCCGACAACACUGCCAAAAAUCUGUGUAUGUGCCAGUGGGGGGGGGGGGGUGGCCUCUUGGGGUGAGGGUGGAAGCAGUCGCCCUCGCUGUGGCCGUUUCUAUCGUGGGCGAGGAGAGUGAGAUGAGGGUGGCAUUUCCCAGCCAAAGCCCCCAGAGCAGAGCGAAAAUCCAAGCACAUUCCCUUGACAGGAGAUGGAGCUCGGGUGUGGAGACCGAGGGAGGACCCGGGCCACUGGAACCAAAGUGGGGACUUGCUGGGGUGGGGCAGGGGGACUCCCCCUGCCUGGG